CCCGUCACCGCCGCUUCCACAGUGGGGAGCGGCCCUUUCGCCUGUGGCGACUGCACCAAGUGCUUCUUCACCUCGGGGGACUUGCGCCGGCACCAGCAGACCCACGGCGGGGAGCGCCCCUUCUGCUGCAGCGAGUGUCCCCGACGCUUCUACCGCUCGGGCGACCUGGUGAAGCACCAGCGCACUCACGGUGCCGAGCGCCCCCACGGCUGCACCGCCUGCGGCAAGCGCUUCUGCACCGGCAGCGAGCUGAAGAUCCACGCGCGCUUCCACAGCGGGGAGCGCCCCUUCCCCUGCUCCCAGUGCCCCAAGCGCUUCUACACGGCCAGCGAGCUGCGGGUGCACGGGCGCACCCACACCGGCGAGCGCCCGUACUGCUGCCCGCUCUGCGGCAAGUCCUUCUACCGCUCAGGCGACCUCUCCAAGCACCGGCGUACCCACACCGGGGUGAAGCCCUUCGCCUGCACCCACUGCCCCAAGCGCUACUACACCUCCAGCGAGCUGGGCGUGCACGGGCGCACCCACACUGGCGAGAAACCCUUCCGCUGCCCGCUCUGUUCCAAGGGCUUCUACACGGCCAGCGUGCUGGCCAAGCAUCGGCUGACGCACGCUGCCACACCCGGGGGCCUCUUCCAGUGCCGCCUGUGCCCCCAGCGCUGCCCCAGUGCUGCCCGCCUGCGCCUGCACGAGCGGCAGCACUCGGGUGAGCCCACCUUCCAGUGUGGCGUGUGCCAGCGCCGCUUCUACACAGCCGGCGGCCUGAGCAAGCACCAGAACGUGCACGGGCCAGAGGCAGCCAUGGCCGACCAGCUGGCCAGAGCUGCGGCCCAGCGACUGGCAGACGCCCGCACCCAGCAGUUGGCGGCUGAUGCCCAGCGCCAGCUGCAGGAGGUACGGGCCCAGCAACUGGCAACGGGCACACAGCGGCUGGCAGAGACCCCAGCCCCUUCCACCACCCCCACUGCCCCGGCCCUCUUCGAGUGCGGCAUGUGCAAGAGGGGCUUCGGCUCAUGGCCGGAGCUGCUGGCCCACCAGCCCCAACACGAGGGAGAGCGGGCGGUGCAGUGCGCCGCCUGCCGCCAGCUGUUUGUGGCACCGGCGGUGGGUGAGGGGCCGGCGGCCGGUGAUGAGGACUCACAUUGCCCCCUCUGUCGUGGCCACCUCUCCAGCUUCGACAUCGCUGGCUUCGGCCUGGGCCUGGGCCUCUCCAACUUUGAGCUCUGCCUGCAGGGAGCCUUCCCCGCACCCCCCAGCUGGGACGGGCAGGGGGGAGCCGACCUGUGCAGCCAGGGGGCACUCUCUCAUCCCUCCACUUGGCAGGGAGGGGCAGGAGGGCAGUAGCUGGGAGGACCCGUGAGGCUCCCUCCCCCUCCUCCCACCAGUUGCCAAACUCCCGACAAUCCAAACCACCAGCCGGGUGUGUAGUGGGCACAGUCAUUGAGGGCAGUGAGGCGGGGGUGAGGGCAGGGAGAGAGAUGGGAGGAGUGGCAGAGUGACAGAGAGAAUGGAAAUGAGGCAGAGGAUGAUAAGGAGUGAUUGAGGGAGCGAUAGAGAACGAGUGAAUGAGACGGUGAAGCUGAAUGUUGCAGAGAGGAUGAAUGAGGCAGGGCGAUAGAGAGAGCGAGAGAGUGAUUGAAUCAGAGGGGGAGAGUUCUAGAGAGAGGCUGAGUGUGAAUGAAGCCGUGGUGGAGAAGUGAGGGGGAGAGAACGAAUAAAGAGGGUGAUUGAGGGAAUGGAGCGAGAAUGAACAGGAAAUAGGAAGAGUGAGCGGAGAGGAGAGUGAAUGCAUAGGGCGAGAGAGAGAGUGUGGGACAGAAGGAAUGAGUGAGAGUGUGGGAUGAGUGGGACUGUCGCCCAUGUUGUGAAGUUACUGCCUCCAGAUCCCCUUGCCAUGCCCCUCCCUCCAGCUCGCCCUCGAAUGCCUCUUCCCAGGUCAGCCCCCGGGUCAGGGGGUGAGGGUGGGCCACACUACCUCCACCGAUCAAUCGCCCUUUAGCAUGGCACCGCUGUUCUCCUCUGUAUAAUGUGAAUUAAAACAGUACGUGAUGACACAAA